AACCACAUAGACAGUAUAAGAGAAACUUACACCAAGAAUUUUACAUCUAAGAAUGUUACAAAGAAGCAAAUUGCUGUCGCUACUUAUCUCAUUGAUAAACUGGCAGUUAGGGCUGGAAAUGAGAAGGUACAGUUAGAUUUAAGCUUCGGUUCGGUUAGGGAGCAGGAUCGGGCCAGUGACAAGUGCCACAAAGAGAAAAGGAAAACUGUAAAUGGUGAAGUUUUGUUGUGGGCAAUGUCAGCGUUAGGUUUCGAGGAUUACUUGGAACCCCUAAAGAUAUACCUUGCGAGGUGGUUUUUCUUAGAGUGUCUUCACUGUCCAUGUAGAGGCUGUGAAGCAAAGUGA